CUCACGCAAUCCGGUCGCGCGAGCCGUCAAUGUAUGAUGUGGAAAGGCAAAGGGGACAGCAACCGGAACGUGGGGGACAUCAUUUGAAUGAGUAAAAAAAACCUGGUUCAAUGACAUGGAAGUAGAUUGAAGUGAUGAUCGUUACUGUCUGUUACGGCGUGGACAUCUUGUCCCGUUUUCUUGCGUCACUUAUUCGAUACAUGUUUAUUCAGAUGAAAUCGCAAUUGGACGUCCUCUGAUACUUGAAUUAGCGUAUAGUCUACGGCGAAUUGGGCAAGGGCCGUCUGGAAACAGCAGUCAUGGAUUUCAUUCUCAGCGGAGUGGCUGCUUGCGGUGCUUGUCUUUUCACGAACCCACUUGAAGUAGUGAAGACUCGUAUGCAAUUGCAAGGUGAGCUGAAAAGCCGGGGCACCUACCAGGUGUAUUAUCGUAAUGUUUUCCAUGCCUUCUAUACUAUCGGUAAAGUGGAUGGAAUCGCUGGGCUACAGAAAGGGCUGGUCCCGGGGUUACUGUAUCAGUUUUGUAUGAAUGGUUUCCGGCUGGGCUCGUACGCAAUCAUUGAGUCUUCAGGCUACACCCACACGGACGGAAGAGUCAGCGCGACAAAGAGUACCUUGGCCGGAGCACUCGCAGGCGUAGUUGGAGCAGUGAUGGGUAGUCCGAUUUAUUUGGUAAAGACUCACCUUCAGAGCCAGGCCACCUCUUCCAUUGCAGUUGGACACCAGUACAAACAUCGGGGGAUGUUCCACGCCUUAGUGGCCAUUCACCGGGAGCACGGUAUUCUGGGGCUUUGGAGGGGCUCGAGUGCAGCUGUGCCCAGGGUUAGCGUGGGGUCAGCUGCCCAGCUCUGCACCUUUUCUUCUGCCAAAGAAUUCAUUACUGACCUGCAGGUGUUUCCAGGUGACAGCUGGCUGACUGCGCUGAGUGCAGGAAUGAUGAGUAGUGUGGUGGUGGUGAUGGCUAUGACGCCUUUCGACGUGGUCAGCACACGUCUAUACAAUCAGCCAGUGGAUCACCUGGGCAAGGGGAAGCUGUAUAGGGGAUUUUCAGACUGCUUCUCCAAGACCCUGAAGAAUGAAGGGCUGAUUGGGCUAUAUAAGGGCAUCGGGGCCUCCUACUUUCGUAUAGGGCCACACACCAUCCUGUCUUUGCUGUUUUGGAAUGAGCUACGGAAGCUCUACCAGUCUUACAGGGUCCAGGAGCCGGAGGGACUGUAGCAACUGGAGGAAGUCCUGCACCGUCCAGGGGGCUGAUAUUACUGCACCAUCCUCUGCUGCACUGCUGCUAAGAGGACUGGAAGAGACGGAGACCUCCAUCACACACCAAACCCUGGAAAUUCUGAUUUUCAGACCCUAUGGGCCGGUUUCACAGACACAGAUUAAGCCUAAGGCUAAACCUAAUCUGUAUCUGUGAAACUGGCCCUGUAUGUCUCAAUUUGUUUUAUGUGAUCUACUGACUUGUCAUAAGCAUCAACACAGCUUGUAAUGCCGUAUGACAGCUGAUAACAGGAAAGAAUGUUCGUCAAUAAAGCCAAAUACUUGUA